AUGGCGCUCCUCAGGUCAGGCUGGUUGUGGAGACAGACCUCUGUCCUGAAACGCUGGAAGCUAAACUGGUGUGAUCUCUGGGUGGAUGGCAGUCUUUGCUUCUACAAGAGUGACAAUAGACGAGAGCUGGAACAACGUAUCAAUCUCAAGAUGGCAUGUAUUGACGUGCGCUCAGGCCUUGAAUGUGGAGGUGUGGCACCACCAGAGAGUAAUCCCAGAGAGAAUCUCAUCGUGGUUUACCUAAGACAGGACUCAACACUAAAUCUGUGUGCCAACAGUGAAGACGAAUCUCUAGCAUGGAAACUGACUCUGCUAGACACCAGGAGAAACCCGUUGUUCACAUACGACCCAUAUGACGACUUUUACCAGGCCGUCCCCCUUAACAGCUAUCACACUGUCUACAUGACUCCUGGAGCAGGACCUGGGACCCACCAGCUGAUCGUUCAAAGAGACCCGUUUGAUGGAGUUGCAGAGAGUGUUGCUCUGGGAUUACUGGCUGGCAUGGCUGCAGGGACUGCAAUGAGAUCCUUCCUAUGGAUGCCCUUCUUUUUCUGCUGA